CCUUGUUUCCACUCACAGCUCCUGGGGAGUGGCUGGACAAGCCAGACUGUUUUCUUUGGGACUGGGGGCUGCACAGUGGACACGGGUGAGGGGCCUGACAAAUCACUGACCUGAGGACCGAAAGCUUGAGCAGAAAAAAGGGGCACAGUGAAGGAGGUUUUUUUUUUCUGGAGUCAUGAGGGUGGGAGCCGCGGCCUUGGCUGGGGGGAUCUUUGGGGCAUUGGGGACCCUGUGUUUCCUGCUGGCCUUUGGUACAAACUACUGGCUGGUGGCCAGUGACAACUGUCGAUCAUACACAUGGCCGACGGAAACGACCACGGCAGGGGGACUAGAUGCCAAUGGGACUGAGGUCCAGGCACAAGUGGACGCGGCCACCGUGUCUCCCAAGUCGCUCACCGUCACCCACGAGGGUUUCUUCUGGCGCUGCGACUUCCACGUGGAGCCUGCGACACAUGCAGUCGUGGCCACUCUCUUCACAAACCAGCCAGAGUCCAAGGUGUGUAUCCAUGGUUACCUCUUCCCUCUGCCUGUCGCAGUGGGAUGGGUUACUAAUCCAAGAUACGACGCCACCGCAGUGUUUCGGGGUUUCUGGACCGUGCUGAUAAUCCUCGGGCUGGUCUCAGCCCUGGCUGGAGGCUUCCUCUUGGUCUGCGGCGUGCCCUUCAUCAGCCACAAACUCUACAAGCUGGGUGGAGCCUUCCUCAUCGCUGCUGCCUGCCUGUUCCUGUCCGUGCUCCUGCUCUACGUGCUGUGGAUGGAGGCGGUGGACGUGCAGAGCUACGUUCUGCAGGAUAGCGGAGACAUGUGUCCGGAGGCCACGGUGUCGGUGCUCUACGGCCUGUCGUUCAUGGUGGCGGCGGCUGGCGUGCCCCUGGAGCUCGUCUCUGGGAUGGUUUUCAUGCUGGUGGGCCGGGCGCUGCGUGCCAGCAAGUGAGCUCACCAUCUGGCCCGUAGGAGAAAGAAUGGACUGACCUUUUCCUGUCCUGCACUGGGACACCGUGGCGCACAUGUGGGACGCAGGCACCCACUGGAAAGACACGGCCAACAUCACUGCAUCACCCUUUGGAUGUUAACUUGCCUGCACUCGGAGACAAUGAUUCGAUGUAGCAGGUUUCUGUCACUUGCUUUUUCUUUAUUGCCACAAAAAUCAAUUACACAUUAUCCAACAAUAGUGUCAGCGGUAGAGUUUAUAGAUAUAUAAACGUGAUGUGGACAACAGUAUGUCUUCUGCUCAACUGCAUCCUACUGUCCUUCUGCCAACUGCUGCUUUUAUUGACGCUGCAAAUGAUGAUUCCACCGAGCAGAAGGUGAGAAAUGCACGGGCGAGCCAGCUGUGCCCCCCCCCCCACCCAUUCCCUGUCCUGGUGUUGGCACACGAUCACAGUAGGCUAGCCGGGGCAGAGUGAGGUGGGAGGGACGGAUGGCUGGAUGGACUGGAAACAGAAAUGGUAGGUCUGGA